AUGACAUAUAUCGUAGGGAUAGUAAAGCUACUGCUUCGUCUAGCGUCAUGGCGUGAGGCCCCAAUGAUGCAGCUGUCCCGUGCGUUCCCUUCUGUUUGCUUCCUUGAUGAGAAAGUAUAUGUAACAGGCGGCUGCAAUAAUCUGAUCGAUUCAACGAAUUGGACGGAGGUUUUUGAUACCAAGACCCAAACUUGGGAGUGUUUUCAGAUCCGUAGCGAGAAGAUAUGUGGAGUAUAUAGAUACAAAAGCGUCAGGUGCGAGGGAACUAUCUAUGUGAGGUCUGAGGAAACGGGUGUGACUUACAAGCUGCAUAGAGAACGUGUUACGUUCUACCGGCAGAUAUAG